GCCGCUGCCUGGAAGGGGGUGGGGCCGCCGCCUGAAGGAAAUAAGAGAGUGGAGGGGGGGGGGCUCGCGCAAGGGGGGGGGGGAGAAAAAAAAGGGCGGGAAAAAAGUUGGGCCCGAAGCUGAGGGAGGAGGAUGUGGGGACGGAGCCGCGUGGCCUUCCCCUCGCCCGCCUGGGGGGCCUGUCCCGACCGCCUCGCCCUAGAGAACCGGGGCAGGGGGGCUUUGUGAGGUAAAUAAGGGGCGGUGAGGGGGGUCGGCGGGCUCACACAAGCAUGAGUGCGGGGCCUGAGGGGGAAAGCCUCAGGAAAAGGAUUCGCUUGGACCCCCUUCUCGCUUCCCCCGCCGCCGCCAGCAGCAGCCCCGAGGAAGGACAGCCCCCUGGCUGGGAUAGGACAGUGACACAGCAGCCGCCGCCGCCGCCUCUGUCUCCUCCUCCUCCCCCCGACAGGGAGCGAGGGCCCAGCAGCUGCAGCAGCAAAGGCAGCCCCGCAGGCACGGUGGGGAACAAAGUUUACAAACAAAGGAGGAUUACCUCUUGGAUGGAGAAUAAAGGACCCAAGGCAGUGGAUUCCAAGAGCUUGCAGAACAAAACAAGCAACACAGAAGCAGAGUCCAAAAUGGCAUCAGAAAGAAAAGAUAACAUUUUUGAACAUAAUAAAAAGGUUGAGGAUGUUCUUUAUCAGGGCUCUUCAAGGUUAUCUGCAGAUCUGAGUGCUAAACCUGCGGCCUUGACUCAGACUGGCACCCUGCAUAAAUGGAAAGAGGAGGAAACACCCAGGGACUCACUUGCAGAAGCAACAAAAGGAGCCCAGACUGGGGACCAGUUGAAGAACGCCAAUGUUAAUCAAACGCACAAAAUCAGUAGCCAGGUUUAUUGGGGAUGCAAUGAAAAUCAGGAGAACUGCACUCAUAGGAAGCUUUCAUUGGGCAGCCCUGCCAAAGUGGCCAAUAAAAAAGAGCCCUCCAAAGAUGACAGCGUGGAAAGGCAAGCAGUGACGAGGAAUCCACAGCCCUUUAAAAACUGCAGCUCGGAACAUCUUACUUGUAUGACCACCGAGCUGGACGGGGCGGAUGUGGUUCCUGAGAGCCCACUUUCAGAUGCAGGCUGUGAUGCAUCUUCGUCUGAUUUGCACAGUUCGCCACAUGGAGAUCAAGGGUGCACGGGCGACUCUCCUCCUUUUGAGAGAGAGAGCGAACCCGAAUCACCGAUGGAUGUAGAUAAUUCCAAAAACAGCUGCCAGGGCUCAGAGGCUGAUGAAGAAACGAGCCCACUUCUCGAGGAUCAGGAAGACAUCGACGUAGCAUCCAAAGGACCAAACAAAUCCUCACGUUUUCAAAGGGCAGACGCUGACUUGGACGUAAGGAAGCCCCCAUUUGCAUCCCAGAGGAGUGAAGGUGCUCGAUUUUGUCUUAAUUUGGAAGGGGUGGAUAAUCCAGUCAAAGAGGUUGAAACACGCUCUGAAUCGUAUGGUGUCUCUCCAGUCGCUUCGUCAGAAUGCAGAGGUGCCAAACACUGUGGGAGGAAGGACACUAAAAUCACUGCGCACUUUGCAAGGGUUCCCAAGACAGAGGAAAAAAGGACUGAGCCUUCUGAUGUAAAACUUCAUAGGCCAGGAAGGAAGAUGCCUAGAUACACGCCUCCUCCACUUCCAACUAAUAAGAAAUGGUUUGGGACACCUAUUGAAGAGAUGAGAAGAAUGCCAAUGUGCGGGGCUCGUCUUCCUCACUUGAGACCAUCUGCCAAUCACACUGUGACAAUCAGAGUAGAUCUUCUGAAGGAAGGAGAAGUGCCUAAAUCUUUUCCAACACAUUACAAAGAUUCAUGGGACAAUAAACACGUCAAAAUGCCUUGUUCAGAACAGAAUUUGUAUCCCGUAGAAGAUGAGAAUGGGGACAGGACUGCUGGCAGCCGAUGGGAACUUAUCCAGACUUCAUUGCUCAAGAAGUUCACCAGUUCCCGUGAUUUGAAGGAAGCUAUUCUCAGAUAUAAUGUUGCUUAUGCCAAGAAAUGGGACUUCACAGCCCUUACUGACUUCUGCGAUAAGGUACUUGAAGAUGCAGAAGCUCAACAUUUGUUUCAAUCAAUUCUGCCUGAUAUGGUGAAGCUGGCCCUCUGUCUGCCUAGCAUCUGCAGCCAGCCAAUACCUCUGCUGAAACAAAAAAUGAACCACUCCAUCACGAUGUCACAAGAGCAGACGGCUAGCUUGCUCGCAAAUGCCUUCUUCUGCACUUUCCCACGACGUAAUGCCAAGAUGAAGUCGGAAUAUUCAAGCUAUCCCGAUAUUAACUUCAACAGGUUGUUCGAAGGACGUUCACCGAGGAAGCCUGAGAAACUGAAAACCCUUUUCUGCUAUUUCAGAAGAGUUACAGAGAAAAAACCCACUGGACUGGUGACAUUUACAAGGCAGUGCCUACAGGAGUUUCCAGACUGGGAAAGAACUCAGAAAAAAAUGUCCAGGUUGCACGUCACGUAUGAAGGUACCAUCGAGAGCAACGGGCACGGGAUGUUGCAGGUGAGACUGUUGCUCUUGUGUGGAUUUGCAAACCGUUUUGUUGGCGGUGGUGGUCACCGGUGCAGGACUAGUGCAAGAAGAAUUCGUUUCUUAAUCAAUCCGGAACUGAUUGUGUCUCGUCUCAUUACAGAAGUCCUGGAUCACAAUGAAUGUUUAAUUAUCACAGGUUCAGAGCAAUACAGUGAAUAUUCCGGCUACGCGGAAACAUACCGAUGGGCCAGGAGUCACGAAGAUGAAACCCCACGGGAUGAAUGGCAGAGGCGCUGCACUGAAAUUGUGGCCAUAGACGCAUUUCAUUUCAGACGUUUCCUUGAUCAGUUUGCGCCCGAGAAAAUUAGAAGAGAGCUCAACAAGGCAUACUGCGGCUUCUCCCGGCCUGGUGUCCCGCCGCAUCAUCUUUCAGCAAUAGCCACAGGAAACUGGGGAUGUGGUGCCUUCGGAGGUGAUUCCAGGUUGAAAGCCUUAAUACAACUCAUGGCAGCUGCGGAAGCUGGAAGAGAUAUUGUUUAUUUCACCUUUGGAGACGCUGAGCUGAUGAGAGACAUUUACAGCAUGCACACUUUCCUGACUGAGAAAGGACAAACCGUUGGGGAUGUUUACAGACUGUUGCUCAGAUACUACAAUGAGGAAUGCAGGUGCUGCUCUUCUCCAAGACCAGAAGUCAAGCUCUACCCUUUCAUAUACAACGCAGUAGAAUCGUACACAAAUGCCACCGAUGAUGAGAAAAGAUUGUGUUUUGAUGAGUAAAAAGAGCGUUCGAAUCUCCGCCCUCUUCUCCAUUCGAAUAUCGAUUGAAUUGCUGGAUGUAACAUAAACAGAAUAGCGUAAUUUAAAUGUCCAUGUAUAUAAACACUGCCUGUCGUCUCGUGUGAUUCAAAUAUCAAAAGACCAAUCUCAAAAGUAAAAUGGCCUUCCUUUCCAAUGUAAACCGUUAUACGUAAUCAUCUCACCAAAGCAAAAUGUAAGUAAAAGUAAGUGUAUCCCCCCCUGCUCCAGUUCAAGGCUGAGUUUUUGGUCUAUAUUCUUUAGCAAUUCAUCUGAAAAACAACAGCUUUAUACCUGCUGGUGGUUUAUUUCCAUUUUUAAGAGAGAGAACCGUACAAAUAUAUCUAUAGAUAUAGAUUUCCUAUGUAAACUGCUUGCUUAGCAAUAGCAUAUCCUGCAGCCAUAUAAUUUAUGAGGCUGUGGGGGGUGGGGUCUUAUCUUUUGUGUUGGACACAACAAUUGUUCCUGGGCUUCUAGUGGCUCCACAGAUAUUUUUUUAAAAAUUAUUUUAGCUCUGCAAACAAAACCCCAUUUGGUUCUGGCUCAGUAAAAGACAUCAACAGGCAAAGACACCAUAAGUGCACGGCAUGUUUCCUUUUAGACGGCAGGACGGGAAAACAUGGUUUGGCUCACAGAGUCAAAAUCAGAUCUGGGGGGUGACAUCUCAUAUUAUAUUUCCUACCUUUAAUGAUUCCUAAAAGGCCUGUACAUGGACCAUAUAUUUAUGAAAUGGUUAACCAACUUUUAAAAUAUUUAUCUUUCUAUCUCUAUAUAUAAAUCUUUUAAAUUGCGCAAGAUUCCUUGUUGCAGUUCUGGGUUAAUCGUUGGGAUUCUGAUGGAGAAUAUGUAUAUAGUAUUUAAUGCAUAGUGAAACCUAGAUUAUUGUACCUGGGGUUUCAUAGCAUAACAUAAAAUCCCCGUAAGGUGUGCCUCAAAUAAGCACAGGCAGUGCUGUUGAAACUGGAAGAUGGGAAAUGCAAAGGAAUAGGGGCGCGACCCUGGUAAAACAGCACCCAAGUCCAGCCCCACCGAAACAAACGGGAGUUGUGAAAGAAACACAGUGGUCAGACUUAUCACAGUUCUCCGUUGCUUCAGCGGGGCAUAGGAGAAAUUCGUUUCCUUCAUGGAGAAAGUGCUCAGAGAAGAGAAAGGAAAAUCUAUUGGUAGGCUGCUGUGAAGUUAGCAAGAGAGAACAAUAGAAAUUAUUUAGAGAAUGGCACGGUAGAAAUGCGAUAAUCAGUUCUGGGAUGGGUAAUGGGAAAGCAGCAUUUUGGAAACCUUGAGCUUUGAUGCCAUGUAGCUGUAGUUAUUUCCCCCCCCCCCUUCAGCUUUUUAAAGCCAACGAGCAGAGGGCAAAGAGGUUAAUAAGAGCCUUUGUGUCCCAGCAGCCUCCUAAUUAAAGGUGGAACUGAACUUUCCGGGAUGCUACAUGAAAACCCAAAAGGGAUCAUUCUCGGUCAAUCCAAUAUUCCUGCCUUCCUCUUCGCCUCUUUCCCAGACCUCCUGUGUCCUCCUUCCGAAUCUUACGGCACACUCUGUCUUUCAUAGACGUUAGAACUUCCUGGUGCUGCGCUCUGAAUGUAGAGGGAGCUGAUGGUAAGUGGGAUUGUGUCCUUCCCCUCAGCUGUGUCAUAGAGUGCUCUUGACCAGCCCACACCCGAAUUCCUCACUGACAAGACUCGUGAUUAUGGUCACCCUUGACUGUAUAUAAUAAUUUAUAGAAGGUUGAAAUAUAUAUAUAUAUCAUUAAUUCUUUUAUCCUUGCUGGGUGUGUAUUUGCUAUAUUUUUGAUGGGGGUGGGUCGGAGCAAGGAAUCAUAUGCUGCGUUUACACAGUUGGGCUUCUUUCUUUUUUUUAAGAAAAGGAAAAUAAUAAAAUGAACAUUUUUCUCCA